AUGCUUCAUGACAUGAAAGAACUGUGCACAAGGGCAUUUAUGGUGGGACAUGCUAUUGGUGAUGUAAUCACUGGUGAUUUGAUGGAACCUGAUAUAGUUAUAAGUGCGGCUCCUUCAGUUGGAGGAUUGUUGGAUUCUUUAACUGGCAGCAUAGGGAUUUCAAGCAUUUCUGCAAGAGCAAAACCUGUGGCUGCACCAGUUGUGGCUUCCACAACUUCAGGCGCUGUUGUAACUGGAACUGCUACAUUAGAUGCUCCAAAGAUAGGUUCAAGGCCAUUUGACAAAGAUGCACUGCGGACAUUUAUUAGUAGCUCAUUACCCUUUGGGACACCUUUGGACCUUAACUAUUCCAAUAUUUCUGCUAUUAAAGUGAAUGGAUUUUCUUCAUCAGAUUUACCUCCUGCAGACCUAAGGCAACCAGCAUGGAAGCCAUACCUCUACAAAGGAAAACAGCGAAUACUGUUUACAAUUCAUGAAACAGUUUAUGCAGCAUUGUAUGACCGUGAUGAAAUUCCAGAUGUUUUAUCAAUUUCAGGUCAAGUAAACUGCAGAGCAGAAUUAGAAGGAUUGCCUGAUGUGUCAUUCCCAUUGACAGGGUUGAACAAUGCUCACCUAGAGGUUUUAUCAUUCCAUCCUUGUGCUCAAGUUCCAGAGCAAGGUGUAGAUAAGCAGGGUGUGAUAUGGAAAAUUGUUGCAAGUGGAAGAGGUGUUUCUGGAAAAAGUAUUGAGGCAACUUUUCCUGGAACAAUCAAGUUUGCACCAAGGUCAACUCAAAGAUUGCCCUCUAUGCUUAGGUCAACUCAAGGACAUACAUCUGAAGAUGAUAGUGAUAUUGAACCUGAGAAUUCUAAUAAUAUGGUAAACGUAGAUGAAUACUUGAUGAAAAAGAUGAACAAGGAUCUUCCAUCAGUUGAUUUAGAAGAACCAUUCUGCUGGCAGGCAUACAAUUAUGCAAAGGUGUCCUUUAGGAUUGUGGGGGCAACACUUUCAGGAAUGACAAUUGAUCCAAAAACAGUUAGCAUUUAUCCAGCUGUCAAAGCACCAGUGGAGUUCUCAACUCUGGUUUCCUCUGGAGAUUAUAUAUUUUGGAAUACCUUGGGGAGAUGCCCCUUCGCCGCUUCACCUACAGUACAGAGAAAGGACCGCAAAUGA